GGAAUUUUACAGUUGUGGUCCUUCUUUUAACGCACCAGGACUGAAUCAAAUUUAGGGUUAGGGUUCGAGGUUGUUUUGCUUACGGAGAAAUGGAGGGUUGGGACCCCAACACCAAAUCCACACUGACCCAAAUCCCUCUUCUGACGACGAAAGCCGGGCCAAGGGACGGAGCGGCAUGGACGCAGAGGCUGAAGGAGGAGUACAAGGCUUUGAUCGCCUAUACCCAGAUGAAUAAGUCUAAUGACAAUGAUUGGUUCCGGAUCUCCGCGGCCAAUCCCGAGGGGACUCGUUGGACCGGAAAAUGCUGGUACGUUCACAACCUCCUCAAGUAUGAGUUCGACCUCCAAUUCGAUAUCCCCAUCACUUACCCCUCCACGGCCCCCGAGCUCGAGCUCCCCCAGCUCGACGGCAAGACCCAGAAGAUGUAUAGAGGGGGGAAGAUCUGCUUGACCGUGCAUUUCAAGCCGCUUUGGGCGAAGAACUGUCCUAGGUUUGGCAUAGCGCAUGCACUCUGCUUGGGUCUUGCACCGUGGCUUGCUGCAGAGGUUCCCGUUCUUGUGGAUUCUGGUAUGAUUAAGCACAAGGAUGAUGCAACCUCAUCCAGUGAAACUUAGUCAUCUUGUGCAAAAAUGUUGAGGGCUGUAGAUCUAAACAUUGAGUUCAAAAGUUCUUAUAGCUUUUAUAGCUUUCUCGUUCAAUGAAAAUAAUCGUUUAGGCAUAGUAUGCCAUUAACAGGAUUUUCCCUAUGGUGUGCAAUUUAUUACCAUGUAUUACAAUCCGUGAGAUCCGAUACAUACUCGAGUUUUCUUGCCUUGA